AUGGAUGUUGGACCUGUUUGGAUGAGUCUGAAUCAGUCUGAACCCAUCAUUCACAUUGUUCAAAAGAUGCUCACUGUCAACACAUUACAAGGAAUAAAAGGGUGGGGUGCAUCCAAGGACACAUCUGAAAUUCAAUGGUAUCAUGAUGCUGAUGAUGACAUGCCCAUCUCUCCCCAUCCUGAAUCCUCUUCUAAAGCUUUGUCCUCCGGCCCCUCUCAUCAUACCCUGGACUCCUUCAUAGGCCAAAUGGGCAUACCUGCAACAUGUGCCAUUCCAGCUAAACAUUCAGGUACUACCACCAUGCCCCCUGCCACCAAGCACCCACUUGUCCCUGCAACCAGCUCUUCUACAAUUGGUGACAAUGAUGGUGAUGGCGAUGAUGACAAUGAUAUACCUACCAACAAGGAUGAGUCGGAUGAUGAAGAAGCCAAGGAAGCUGGGGCAGCUUACCAGCAAAUUAAAGCAUUUGGAGAUGCUGAUUGA